UUCCGUGUCCUGCUGCCUCUCGGAUCAAGGGAGGGAGAGAGGACUGACAAGAAUAAGGGUCAGUCCGGGGAUUGUCCUGAAAAGGAGAGGAGCUAUUCCUGACCGUGUGUGUGUGAGAGGAAUGAGGAUCUGCUUUGUGUUUCUUUUUGUGCCGGUGUAAAACGGACCUAAUUAUUACCAAGCAGCACGAUGAGCAGAACCACGUUCUUUGAGGGUGGUGAAGGUGAUGUUUACAUCAUUUUCCAGGUGGAGGUCCUUGAUGCCACGACAAAGGAGCAGCUUUGUUUUUUAGAUAAGGUGGAUCCUCACUCUACAAUAGGAGAUAUUAAGAGUCUGUUUCACAAAUCAUAUCCCCAGUGGUACCCAGCAAGACAGGCACUAAGACUUGAUACCAGGGGAAAGUCGCUCAGAGACGAUGAGAUCUUACAGAACCUACCAGUGGGAACCACAGCCACCAUGUACUUCAAAGAUCUCGGGCCACAGUUAGGUUGGACUACAGUCUUUUUUGCAGAGUAUAUUGGAGCCCUGCUCACAUACCUCAUCUUCUUUUUUCGAGUGCCAUAUAUCUACUCUCACACAUACGUCCUUACCUCCAGUCCCCAUCCUGUUGUUAAACUGGCCUGUGUCUGCCAUACAUUCCACUAUGUGAAGAGGCUAAUGGAGACCAUCUUCGUGCACCGAUUCUCCCAUGGGACAAUGCCACUCAGGACGAUAGUCAAAAACUGUGCCUAUUACUGGGGUUUUUCUGCCUGGUUAGCCUACUACAUUAACCACCCUCUUUAUACACCUCCAUCAUAUGGAGAACUUCAAGUCAAGUACGCACUAUUCACAUUUGCGAUGUGUGAAGUGGGCAACCUCUCCAUCCAUAUGAGUCUGAGUAACCUAAGAACAGAUGGGUUCAGAGUGAGAAGGUUUCCUACGCCAACCAAGAACCCCUUCACAUGGUUGUUUUUCUUUGUGUCCUGCCCAAAUUAUACUUAUGAGGUCGGAGCUUGGCUGAGCUUCACAGUGAUGACCCAGUGUCUUCCAGUGGCAAUAUACACUUUGUUCGGGUUCAUUCAGAUGACGAUCUGGGCCAAAGUGAAGCACAGAGCCUACAUACGAGAGUUCAAAGACUACCCAUCUGUCCGGAUGGCCAUUAUUCCCCUGAUUCUUUGAUAAUUGCUUAGGCUUGUGCUUUUGUUUUCUUCAAUCCAGCACUAUGCAAUUUUAAUACUGAUGGGCUUAAAAGACGCAAUGAUUUAGAAAUGCACUACAGCUGAGCCUUCAAAACCUCCUGAGAACAUUCUCUUUUCUUUUCAGUUUCAGCACACAUGGACAAAAGUUUUUAGCAGGGACAUAAGUGUAGCGUUUUACCAUGCAGCUUUAGUUUUUGUGCUAAAAAAAUCAAGCUGUUAAGAUUAUAAUACAAAUUGAACGUUUGUAACAAAAACAAAAACAAAAAACAGUUUAUCACUGCAUUUUCUGCUUGACAAAGAAUUAAUUUUAGUAUAUUCAUAAAAUACAAAUAUGUCCAACUGAAGUCCUGCUGCUGGAGUCAGCAGGGCGCUGAAGGGUCAACACCACUAUGUUAACGGAAAAUGUAUCACUUUCUUUGUGUUUUAUUUAGUGCAACAUUUUAUUUAUCUGGCUAGCUUUUUCAGAAAAGCUUGAGGGAGUAUUAUUUUUGCAUCUCUAUCGUAAAACCAGCAAAUUGUUCUCAUUUCAUGAUAAUUCAUCAACUCUCUUUAAAAAAAAAAUUAAUUAAGAUUUUAGGAAUUUUAGCCAACAAAUUUUAGAAAUAAUGAAUGUUCUUUGUAAGUAAGUGCCUAAACAAACUGAUGUUAAGAGUAAGAGUUUAGAAUCGCUUUCAUGCUCUCAGGGGGAAUGCUGCUGAAGCAUUUAGUCAUUAAAUUGUCAAGCUU